AUGCACUUAUCGAAUAGUUUUAGAGGGUCUUUGCAACAACCAUCAAGUAUAGAAGAGGCACUCUCUUUGUUCCAGUUAAUGGGUGAUAGCAAGCUUAAUUCUGAUAUUGUUGUUUACACUAUCCUCAUUGAUGGGGCAGGAAAAUAUGGGAAAUUUCACAUUGCAAGGAAUCCUUUCCAUGGCCUAAGCGUUAAAGGUUUGAAACCUAAUGUCAGGACAUAUAAUGUGAUGAUUGGUGGUUUUUGUCGCAAAGGUCUAUUCGGGGAAGCAAAGUUGUUGUUUCUUAAAAUGGAAGAGAGUGGCUACCUACCAAAUAAUGUUACUUUCUGUGUUUUUCUCCAAGGAUGUCUAAAGAACCAGCACUAUGAUGAUGUGGAGAUGCUUUUACAGGAAAUGGAUGACAGAGGUUACUCACUUGAUGCUUUGACGUUAUCGUUAUUUAUAGAUCAUAUCGCUGCUGGUUUACUAGAUAGAAGUAUGCUUAAGCUGUUAGGUAAGCUUAUGCCAAAAGAAUUAAUGGAUGAUCCUAGCUUGUGCGACUGGGAGUGA